UCACAGCCUCCUCCGCGGGGCGAAGGGGGACGGGAGAUUGAGGCGGGCCCCGGGACCGGGCGACCUGUCCCCACGGGAGGAUGGCUCAGGAGGAGGGUGGCAGACUGGAGGAGGUGCAGGCACGGGUCGCGGCCUCGCACGGCAUCACAGACCUGGCCCACAAGCUCCACUUCUAUGACCACUGGGCCCCGGACUAUGACCAGGAUGUGGCCACCCUACAGUACCAGGCCCCUCGCCUGGCAGUGGACUGUCUGACCCAAGCCCUUCCAGGCCCACCCCACACUGCCCUGAUCCUGGACGUGGCCUGUGGCACUGGCCUGGCGGCUGCCGAGCUGCAGGCUCGGGGCUUCUUGCAGCUGCAUGGGGUGGAUGGGAACCCAGCGAUGCUGGGACAGGCCCAGGCCCGUGGCCUCUACCAGCACCUCAGCCUCUGCACCUUGGGCCAGGAGCCUCUGCCCAGCCCCGAAGGGACCUUUGACGCAGUGCCGAUGGUAGGUGCCCUCAGUGAUGGCCAGGUGCCCUGCAGCGCGAUACCUGAGCUCCUGCGAGUCACCAAGCCAGGUGGGCUGGUGUGUCUGACCACCAGGACCAACCCAUCCAACCUUCCAUACAAGGAGGCACUGGAGGCCACCCUGGACAGGCUGGAGCAGGCCGGGGCGUGGGAAUGGCUGGUGCCCUGGCCGUGGACCGCUGGGAGCUGGCCACCUCUGAGCUCGAGGUGGUGCCCGGCACCUCUGCCAAGGACGGCUUCAUCUCCGGCAUCGUCCACCUGUACCGAAAGCAGCAGGAGACCCAAGUUGAGGGAUGAGGCCCAGUCAGCAGCCCCCAGCUGGCCUCUGACCCUCCGUGUGACCUUAGCCAGGCCUAUCUGCUGGGCUCCCGAGGCUCUGGCUGCAAAAUGGGGCCACCGUGCCAACCCUGGCCCUUGGGAACACUCUGCCUAUUAAAUGAGCUCCCAGAAGGGACAGAAGGC